AUGCGGCAGCACGCCCCAGCCUACACGCCGGAGGCGGCCUCCGCCUCCGCCACGGGCGGCGCGGGCGAGCGGCAGAGUCUGCCGCUGCUGCAGGGGAAGAUGAAGCGCGACCCGGAGGGGUACGAGACGGAGCUCCGCCAGCUGCACCGCCACUUCGAGUCCUCGGUGUUCCUCUUCCGGCAGCAAGCCGCGCUCUCCUCCUCCUCCUCCUCGUCCUCCUCGGGCGGCGGGGGGGAGACGGCCAAGGAGCUGGGCGACCUCGCGCUCUUCCUCGCCCACGUCGCCCCCUUCUACCCCAACGACCUGGCCGAUCUGCCCGACCAGAUUGGGGGCCUGCUCGACACCAACGCCCGCGCGCUGCCCUCGGGCCUCCGCGUGCACCUCGUGCAGGCGCUCAUACUGCUCGUCAACCGGAAGAUCGUUGAUCUGGAAGACACAAUGGAGUUAUUUAUGGAGCUUCAAGUCAUUGGAGAUCGAGCUGUAAAGAAACUUGCAUUUUCACAUAUUGUACACAGUAUCAGAAGGAUGAAUCAGAAGCACAAGGAUGAGGCCAAGAAUCGUAAACUGCAGAACAUCCUAUUUACAUUAGUACAGGGUGAGGAAGAGUCGAGAGCAAAGAGGGCUUUUACUAUCCUAUGUGAUCUUCAUCGUAGAAGGGUCUGGUUUGAUGACCGCACCGCAAAUGCUAUAUGCAAUGCUUGUUUCCAUCCUUCAUCGAGGAUUAUGACAGCUGCUAUCUCGUUCCUCCUUGGGUAUGAAAAUGGUGAGCAAGAGGAUGAUAGUGAUGCAUCAAGCAGUGAAGACGAAGCAAAUAUAAACCCAAAUAUUAUACUUAGUAAAGAGGAUGUUUACAAGGCAAAUCACAAAGGCACUUCUGCUAGUAAGAAAAAAAAGAAGGCAAAAUUGGAGCGUGUAGUGCGUAGUAUGAAAAGGCAACAGCGUAAAUCCACUGAGGAGACGGGCUCCAAUUAUUAUUCACCCCUCACGUACUUAAAGGAUCCCCAGGGUUUUGCUGAGAAGCUCUUCUCCCGGCUACAGAAAUGCAGUGAGCGAUUUGAGGUAAGGAUGACGAUGUUAAAGGUCAUAUCAAGGACUAUUGGUCUGCAUCACUUGGUUUUGUUGAACUUCUAUCCAUACCUUCAAAGAUAUGUUCAGCCUCAUCAACGAGAUGUAACAACUCUACUUGCUGCAGCAGUACAGGCUUGCCAUGAGAUGGUGCCUCCUGAUGCUGUUGAGCCACUGUUCAAGCAGAUUGUAAAUCAAUUUGUGCACGACCGUUCCCGUCCGGAGGCUAUUGCUGUUGGUCUGAAUGUCGUGAGGGAGAUCUGCAUGCGAAUUCCAUUGCUCAUGAAUGAGGAUCUGCUCCAAGACCUUGUUUUAUACAAAAAGUCCCACGAGAAGGCUGUUUCAAUUGCUGCUCGAUCUCUGAUCACAUUAUUCAGGGAGAUCUGUCCUUCGUUGUUAGUCAAGAAAGACCGUGGUCGUCCUAUUAAUCCAACGGCUCGGCCAAAAGCAUUUGGCGAAACCACUAUCGCUACUGAUGUCCCUGGAGCUGAGUUGCUAGCUGAAGACAUUUCACUGGAAGGUUCAGAUGAUGAGUCUGAUGCUUUUGAUUCUGAUGACGAGGAAGUGUUGCCAUGUACAAAUGACAUCCAGCAAAGUUUGAAGGUUUCCUCAAACAAACUUGAAACACAUGAAGAUCAUAAAGGGGAAGAGGAAGUAUCUGGGGAACAAGAUGAUACAGAAGAAGUAGAUGAGGAUGAUAGUGAUGAUAAUAUGGAUGACAUUGAAGACGACUCUGACAUGGAUGGUGGUACUGAUGUAUCUGAUGAGGAUGACGAUGAGGAGCUCAAUGAUGAUUCCGAGAAUGAAGAUUCUGACCAGGCUGAGGACAGUGAUGAGGAAGAUAAGUCAAAAAGUAGCAGUUCUAAAGUGCAGAAGAGGAAGUUAAGCGAUUAUAUCGGACAACUUGAUGCUGCCGAUGCAAGCCUUCGAACUCUGAAGAGGUUAGCAGGAGCCAAGAAGGCCGAGACUUCAAUGGAUUCAACAGAUGAAGCUGGUAGAAUUUUCUCCGAUGAAGAUUUUAAGCUCAUCAGAGAGCGCAAGGCGAAGCAAGAUGCAAGGCAGGCUUUGGUUCAACAUGGACUAAGUAAGGGCGACACAAGAUCAGCAACCUUCAAGCUUCCAUCCUCAGAUCAGCUUAGCAUGAAGCGCGUCGAUCCAUCGCAGCUUGAGGCGUACAUCAAAAGAAAAAUGUCAAAAGAGGAAAGAUUAGAGAUGGUGAAAGCUGGAAGAGAGGAUAGAGGAAAAUACCAGGCAAGAGCAGCUAUUAAACAGAAGAAGACUGGUGGCUCAAGCAAUAAGCAGAAACAACACCAGAAGAAGAUGCCUCUGGCAGCAAAGAGAGCAAAGGCGGCACGCUCUCGCCAAGAGAAGAAAACUAAAGCGAAGCACUCGGGAAAGCAGUUUAGGGGCCGGAAGGCUUGGAAAUGAGGGCUUGUAUUUGCUUCUUUGCAUUUGCUGUGGCCUAAUGGCCGAAAUUUUGACUCCUGUAAUGAUUUCGUAUCUGAUGUGUUGCACGUGAUAUGCAGUUUACAGCCGAACUCCUAUAGCCCUGAA